AAAAUGAAUAGCAAAACUAUUAUUUUGGCGGUCUUAAUGAUGGUAUCUAUGAUGAGCAGCGUAAUAGCAGUAGGAACCAUUGAAAACCAAACAUUGAUAAAUUCUAAAACAUUUACAUGGCAAUCAACAACACAAAAGUUAUCUUUCAUUUCUCAAAAAGCAACUAAAAAACCAGGUAUUGAUAUUUCUAAACUCUCCCUGCUCGAAAUUUGUAACAUUUUUAAAAUUUCGACACAGAACUGCUCGUGUACAGUGCUUAUGAUGAAGCCAUUAUGCGACUUUUUAAAUAUAACAACUGUAUCAAUAAAGUUCAAAUGCGAUUCUAUAAGUAACACAGGAAUAGCAAUUGCAAAUAUUAUAUCUUCAGUUCUUGGGCUUUUUGGCAACGGAUUAGUAAUUGCCUUUGCUUUUAUGAACCGAAAAGAUUCCUCAAGAUUUAGACAUUUAAUAUCUGGUCUUGCGAUUGCUGAUUUUGCAUUUGCUGCUAUUCUUUUUUUGAUGAGUGUACCUCAAACAUGGACUUGCAAAUGGAUAUAUGGCCUAAUCAUGUGCAAGUUGCUACGCGCAUCAUUGGCUGGUACUGCAAACAUUGCUGUUGGAUUUAUAGUUAUAAUUGCAAUAGAUCGAUUUUUUGGCAUCAUGUUACCAUUUAGCAAAUUCUUAAGUACAAACAAAAUGCGCUUUAUUGUAUGUUUAAAUGUUUUUGUAGGAAUCGUAUCUGUUAUACCUCCCUUAGUUGUGCUUAAGGAAGGUGAGUUUACAACAUGUGUAGAAGUUUGGAGCAAGGAAAAGUCGCGCAUUUACACAUGGUCAUUAUUUUUUUUGUACUAUAUUUUACCAAUUGUUUCACUUUCUGUAUUAUACGGCGUCAUGAUGGUUUGGUUGAAAAGAUCAUACCAACAAAAUAACAUUUUAAGAGAUGAGCAACUUAAAUCUCGAUAUCGAAACAAUAAGAAUGUUAUGAUCAUGCUUGUAUCAAUUUUAGUUUUAUUUGCAAUCUUGGUCCUACCUAAUCGAAUUUAUUGGAUUAUUAACGACCAAUACAAUCUUAAUAACAUAAAAAAUGCGAAAAUUAUAAGGUUUCUAAAAAUGUUUUCCGAUAUACCCUACGGUCUUCAUGCCGCUGUCAACCCGAUAAUUUAUUCAGUGGUAGAUAUAAAAUUCAAACAACAGUUGAAGGUUUUUUUUUGUGGUAAAAAGUUUGCUAGUUUUUCAAUUUAUUCACGCAAAACAUUUAUUUCAACUAUCUCGAUGAACAGUAAAGUAUCUACAUCAACCAUAUCAAUGAACAGUAAAGUUUCUACAUCAAGUUGCCAAUAAACCAGUUUUAGAAAUACGAUAACAAAUUAAUGCACUCAUAAGUUGAAGUAUGCUUUAAAUUAGUAAUAUAUAAACUUGGCUUAUGAAAACAAAUUCAAAAAAAUUUAAUUGGAUUAAAUUUUUAUAUAUAUUUAACUAAUAUACUUUUGCUCAAAUAUCAAUGUAAAUAAAUAAUAUAUACUAACACGAUUUUGUGGUUGUAGAAAUAAGUAGAAUAUUUGUAUUUAUAACUUUUAGAUUUGUAUAUAAAUGGCUUAGUGUAACCUGGGGCCCUAUAAGUUUACUCAUAUAGUUGGUAUUUUUUUAUUUAUUUUUAGUUUAUGUAUUAUUUUGAUAUAUUAUGUAAGAAUGAACAUAGAUAAAACGCA